CCCGAAGCGAUUGUAUUGGCCAUCCCGCGUGAUCCGUUGUGUUAGCCUCGGAAAAAUCCCGGACCCUGACAUAUCAUGGAGAUCGAUCUCCUUGAGAUUGAGUUACAGCUCUCACAGGAAACUCAUGUCCGAGACCGCAUCCGUGAUGAGACGAUCGAACUUGACAAGAAAUUACGAACAAUGUUGGGCUUGCUCAACAAAGUUCAUUCAACACAACCCAAAGAUCUACAACCGCUGUUAUUAUCUCUGCGUGAGAUUCUUGUAACUAUACCUCAACACUCGGUCGAACUCGCAGAAAUUGUACCUCCCAAUCAGUAUUGGAGAUGGAAGGAUCUCUGGACAAGGCAUAUCCAGAAUCUGGUUUUCGUUUCGGCUUUCCUUCAAUACUUGGAAUCUGGGCAGCUGCUCUCCAUCACAGCUGCCAAUGAGGUCCUCGGGAUGAAGGAUGCGUGGAAAGACAGGUACUGUCUUCAAGUCGAGGAUUACUUGCAUGGCCUCAUCCUUCUCAUAAACGAAUUGUCAAGGCUUGCCAUUAACAUGGUAACUCUGGGAGAUUAUAAAGCCCCACACAAGAUCAAUUCUUUCGUUAAGGACCUCUUUAGCGCAUUCCAGCUGUUGAACCUCAAAAAUGACUCACUUCGGAGAAGAUUUGACUCAAUCAAGUACGAUGUGAAAAAGAUUGAAGAAGUUGUGUAUGAUAUAUCUUUAAGGGGGUUGAACGCCGCCUGAACUCGCGUCCCGAGCGAAGAUGGGUGUUGAAAUUUUA